CAUGGCGGGUCCAUAGAUGAUGCGGACUAUGACAAUGAGGAAUUCGAAGCUAGACAUGGUACUUCUAUAGAAGACACAGAAGACAGUGAUGAUGGGGAUCCUAUAAGUCAACAUCUCAGUCACGGAUUCUAUUUGAUCAAAGGAAAAAUGGACCACCAAAUGGAAGAUAAUCUCGUGGCAGAAACAAGAGAGGUUAAUGGCCAUGAAUUAGGACUAUAUGCAAUUUUUGAUGGUCACUCGGGUCGUUAUGUUGCCAAGUACUUGCAAAGCCAUUUAUUUGAUAAGAUACUAAGUGAGCCUAAUUUCUGGACAAACCCUAAACACUCGAUCAAGACUGCAUAUGAAGUUACAGAUGAUGAAAUUCUGGGGAGAGUUGGUUCACGAGGAGGCUCGACAGCUGUUACAGCAAUUCUAAUUGAUAGAGAGACCCUGAUUGUAGCUAAUGUGGGUGACUCUCGGGCAAUUUUAUGCAGAAAUGGUGUGGUAAAACAAAUUACAAUAGAUCAUGAGCCAACGAAGGAGAAGCAGCUUGUUGAGAGCAGAGGUGGAUUUGUUUCUGAAAAGCCAGUCAAAAGGUCCAUUUGCAUCAUCAUGAAUACAGGCUUUGGAUGUGUUCAGAAUGAAGGCUUCUCCUCAGGAGUCUGGGUCAACCAAUGUUCUUCUUUUAAAACAGGGCUGCCACGCUUCACCAAAGUUGACUCCACUCUGUUUGAAUUAUUCAGAACUACAGUGAAUGUCUGUUUAAAAUACAAUUAUUUGGAUAAGGUGAUGUCAAACCAAGAGGCUUUUGAUUGCAUCGGAGAGUUGAAUGAUGCUCAAAAAGCAUCAGAGAAGUUGAUCGAAGAGGUUUUAUGCAGGAAGAGCUAUGAUGAUAUCUCAUGCAUAGUUGUGAUGCUCCGGCAAAGAUGAUCUGCUUGGUCUUGCAUGGUUUAUAACCUGCGUUAUUAGGGAUGUCUUGCCUGGUUUGUUUUGUGAUUCCAAGAGAUUUGA